UGCAUCUGUACGCUAUGCCUAACUUCGCGUUAGACGGUUCCCGCUAUAAUGUGGUCCAGACUCAUGUCCAGAUUGUCAAGUACUGUAGAGUUGCUCCGGUCGCUCUAUGGGCGUUUGAAUAUCUUCUGACACUUGACGACGAGGUCGAAAAUAUAUGGAAGGCGCAACAAUGGAGCUACACGCAUGGAAUCUUCUUUACUGUCAGAUACUUGCCUGUGGUCAGCUUUCUGUGCGCCAACUUUUAUGCCUUAAUGGGCCUAGAGAUGGACAUGUGUUUACGUGUAUACAAAGCUUACUUCAGUACACUCUUGAUCCUCGUAGUAACGACCGAAGGCGUCUUAUGUUUGCGAACCCUCGCUCUCUGGCACAGACACAAGUUGGUCAGAGGCAUGAUUAUUGCCCUCUACAUGGCUGUUUGCAUUGCCGCAACGGCAUGUAUAGCGGUGUCCUUAACAUUGGAUCUUGACAGUGUCUGCAACUCGUCCGCUCAAGCAAUGACUUUGAACAAGUUCGUCGACAACAUGCGUGGCCUUGAAGAAAGUCAAGAGCGUGUAAUGAUGGGCUCCUUCUUAGCCGUCGCAAUCUUCGAGUUUGUUGUUGUCUGCCUGACUGUCGUUCACGGCUUUAUGGUCUCUCCGCGGACGUCGUCCAGCCGCCUGAUGGCCUCGUUGCGUGGAGGGAAUUUGUUGUAUGCUUCAGCGUUGCUCGCGAUUUCUAUCUUGAAUACCAUAUACUUCCAUCUUCCUGUAGAAGCCGGAUGGACUGGGCUAUUUGAUGUGUUUCAAGUUGUACUGCAUGGGGUAAUGGCGUCGCGCAUCAAGCUGGCACUCCGAGCUGCAAACAACAUUGGAGGCACAGAUCGUAUACGGAAGCUCGAUUCGAUUAAACUCAGAGGGUUCGCGCCUACAAUGCAGUUUAUACCAUAUACAGAGCAUGCAGCGAGAUGGAAUUCGUCGAUCGAUGCUCAGCCAUAAUGCGUAAACGUUUAUUAUUAGUAUGGGCGAACGAGCAGCGCUGCAGCUUUCGACUAAUACCUAAUUAUGACAUCCUGAAGUACGAGUGUAUGUAUGUACUCGCAUAUACGAGACAUGAAUUAAUGCAGCUUUGAGUCAG